CACGCCGGCAGCAGAAAACGCGCGCCCCGGUCGACCGGAGAAAGACCGACCACCCUGUCGUUGGGCGUGUGUGUGCCUUUGGAACCGGCCGGUCCCUGGAUUUAUGGUUCGCACACCUACCGGCAUCGUACCAGUAUGGCCGGAAUAAUCUCGUACGGCAAUCGGAAACGGACACCGGACUGUUGCAGCCGCCCGAAACAGUUGCGCACCGGCGGCAGCGGCAAACCGAAGAAGGACCGGCAGUCGCGCCGAACACGCGGAACCGCCGGCGGUGGGCGGGCAGCAGGAGCACGGCGACGGCGAAGAAGCGGUGAAAUUGUACGAAGAUUGCCGAAGCAUGCCGAGGCGCGGCUGCGUCUUGAAAGCCGCACCCGAGACGAUGAGCUGGUGGAUGCGCUUUCGAACGCGAAAAAACGGCCACCCAACGGCUUUCGAACUUCCAUUUUGAAACUCGUUGACAGCACGUUUGACGCAGCACUAUGGGAUCGCGCUGGUCGGCCGGCGGACAUAUUUGUGGCAGCAAAUAAACAAGACGUCGUGAAUGGUGCAGCUGGCGACGGCGACGGUGGUGGUAGUGUUGUUGGUGCAAGUAUUAUGUGCGAAAAUAACUCCGGCCCGGGCCAUGGCGCGGGUGGACGCAAGCGGGGCCACCAGCAUCAUCCCCGCUUCGGCGGUACGCGGCAGUCGACCGUUCCGGCCGAGGACGUGAUAGCGGCCCUGCGCGGUGCCUUCGACGGUGGCAGCAACUCGCUGUCCUCGUCGUCACUCUCAUCUUCCGCAUCGUCCCUGAACGUGUCGAUUUCGGGUGGUGGUGGUGGUGGUGACAGAGCAGUGACGGCCAAUGAUGGCAGCAACAACAACAACCCUCUGGCCACCGAGAAGACAACGUCGUUUGCCACUCGGUCCGAUGAUAACGAUGCAGAGCUGUUGGAUGAGUACGAUAUUGGAACAGAAGCAAUAGCAACAACACCAACAACAACAACAACAACAGCAGCAAUAGCAACAGCUGACAUUGUAAAUAGUAACAUCGAGAACAGCAGCAUCACAGCCCUCGGGGCGGCACGGUGGAGCGGUGAACCGAGCAAGGAAAACACCCCGGAACCGGAACAGGACCGACUGAACAACAAUCGCAGCAUCAGCAGCAACAGCAACCGUAGCAGCGUUAGUCCAAAACAUGUGAUACUCUUUGACGAGGCGGCCGGCGAUGCGGACGGGCGGCCCGCCCUGCCAGCAGGGCCACCGUCCCGGACGACCGAGCCGGACGACGAGGAGAGCAUAGAGCUGAAGCUGGACCAGAUUACCAGCGGGAAGGAGCUGGUGCAGCAGAUCAGCAAGAAGCUGAAGCGCAGCAAGCGCAGCCCACAGUCGGACGAUGCCGGCGGAGCACCACCGGCCAGCGGCAAGAAGAAGUCAUCGUCCACCGGCAAGAAAUCCUCAUCGAAGACCAGCAGCAGCAGCGGCGGCACCGGAGCGGACGGAGGGAAGCGGAAAAAAUCGAAAUCAUCGGCAGCGGCGGCGGCAGCGGCGGCGGCAGCGUUGGAGCAGCGGGCAUCGGGGGAUGGCGCGUCGUGCGGCGACCUGGAUGCGGUGAUCGGGGGGCUGCUGGGGGCUGCCGAGUACGGUGGCGGGCUGGCGGGUGACUACAAGGAGCAGCAGCCGAACGACGAGAACGAUCCGGACGUGGCGGAAUGGGCGAAGCUGCGGUGUACGAGCGAGCGGACCGAGGUCAUCGCGGAGCGGGAACACCGAAGGCAGAAGCGCUGCGCCGACUAUCCGGGGCUGGCGUUCGGGCGGUCCAUCUUUAGCUCCGACACGAUGAUGAAGUUCAACAUCAUACGGAACGAGCUGCACAACAUCAUGAAAACGCAGCUAAAGCGGGCCGAAUCGGAAGUCGCCGCUCUGAACCGUCGCAUUCAGCUGCUGGAGGAGGAUCUCGAACGUUCGGAAGAACGUUUGGCGUCCGCCACCGCUAAGCUGUCAGAGGCUUCGGCCGCUGCCGACGAGAGCGAACGGAUCCGGAAAGCGCUUGAAAAUCGUACAAACAUGGAAGACGAUAGAGUAGGCAUACUGGAGGCACAGCUAGCCCAGGCCAAGCUAAUAGCAGAGGAAGCAGACAAAAAAUACGAAGAGGUGGCCAGAAAACUGGUGCUCAUGGAACAGGACCUCGAGCGCUCGGAGGAGAAGGUCGAGAUGAACGAAAGCAAGAUCGUCGAGCUUGAGGAGGAGCUGCGCGUGGUCGGUAACAACCUGAAGUCGCUGGAAGUCUCGGAAGAAAAGGCAAUGGCAUCGCGUGAUUCCGUUGAGGAUAAGAUCCAUCAGCUGAACGAUAAGCUAACCAACGCUGAGGCCCGCGCUGAAUUCGCUGAACGUUCCGUUCAGAAGUUGCAGAAGGAGGUCGACAGACUCGAAGACGAUUUGACGGUCGAGCGUGCCAAGAACAAAAUGCUUCAGGAGGAGAUGGAAGCGACCCUGCACGACAUACAGAACAUGUAGAUCAGAGGCGCAUCAGAGGCGGCUCUGGCCUUCUUGCACACUGGCAAAUGCGGCUAGUAGUGGUUGUGCGCUGCCUGGAGAAACAGAAAGAAAGAGAGAGAGAGAGAGAGGAAAGGUAGUUUGAAUCGAAGGCGACGUAAGGCGUUUGGGGCAGUGAGCAUAAUUAUUUGAAGAAAGCAGAAAAGACAGAGAGAUAGUGUGAGAGAUAGUGAGAGAAGAGAGUGUCGGGAUAUUUACCGAUGAUCGCUAAACCGGAAAACCGUACUCUUGGGGGAUCAACAACUAUGUAUUUGGCACGUCGGAAAAAUGCAAUGCGUGUUGUGCAUAUCGAUGUGUGUCUGCCAAUGUUCACCAUCACACAGGAAUCGAAAAACGCAACAACAACAAAAACCUAAGCAAACCACACGCACGGCACGGCACGAAUCAAUUUUAUCACCACCUUCCACAAGAACACAUCGCAUUUGUGUGGCACCCCACGCUACCGCGUAAUUCAUUGGUAGAGAUUGAAGCCGAUCGGCUGAUGGCGGAGAUUGAAACAGGAAGGAAUUAGGAAUGCUAAAUGCUAGUAGUAGUAGCAGUAAUAGUAGAAGCACAAUAACAGAAAACAUACAAAUCAUUGGUUUGGAAUCAAAAAGUGCAACAACAAGUGUAGGAAAUAGGUUGAAAGUGGUAUAAAAAUAGGCAAUCGUUUAAUUCAAACAAACACAAACACGUACAUACAUUUGAAAAGGUGUCCAAUGCAAUUGUACAAAAAAAAGAAGCAUCAAUUUCAAUCUGUUUAUAGAAUAUUGGCAAUCGUGUUGUGUCAGAAAUAGCAGUUUUUUUUUGUAGAACGCCGUCACGUCCACGUGCGUGUGGGUUCGCGUGUACUUCCCCCACUUAUCAUUCAUUCCCCGAUAUCUUGUUUUAAGUUUUGUUUUUGUUGCAUUUUAGCGAAAUGGUUCGACGCAUAUACGCGGUUACAGACAGACAUACACACACAAACACAUACUCUGUGCCACAGCGUACGUCAAUACAAUGAUAGGAGCAAUAGAGAAUCCCCCAUUUUUUUAAAUAUUAGAUAGCAUAAACUCGCGAUCGUAUUUAAAACCGUCUCGUCAUAGAAAAGUUUUCCGGUUCGAAAACCAUUCCCCCCCGCUGUGUGUUGAUUGAAGUAGUAUGGAACUUGAUGCAUUUUUUUAGUGGCGUGCUGGUUUCUUCUUUUAAUUUGCACGAAGCGAGAUCGAUGAAAACAUUCCAACGGUUUAAGUGCAUUCCGGAAUAAAGUAAGUGUUUUGAAACCUUUUUUUUUGAAAAAAAUUGCACCGUUUUGAAACAUGAUUGUGUGGUGUCGUACGCUUAAACGAACGGGGGAGGAAACUUAGCCUUCACCGUUGAAGAAAAGGUAGCGUUUUAUGUACACUCCGACAUUGCAAGGAGUGUAUCCCGUUUUUAGAUUGGGUUUUAUUCACUUCCGGCGAAGAAUUUAGUCUUUCGUUUGGUUCACUUUUCACGUAACCGUAUAUCAUCCGUAUAGAAGGAAGUUGACUCUCAUCAUCGUGUGGUGUCUUUUAACGUCGAAUUGGUGUGAAAGACGCAAACGGACACACGGGGAGAAGUCGUUCAUUUUUUGUAAUUCCCACAUCCGCACCAUCGUACAGUGUGUGUGUGUGUGCGUGUUGUGUGUGUAUUAACGAGCAAGCAACAACAGGCAACGUUCAUCAACGUUGGUUGAUUUCAUUCACCCUUAACCGCGUCUUGUUUGUAAUGUUAUUCUAGCUUAUACGAACCAUCAAACCCUAACAGUACCGUUUGAGCCACCAACGACCAACGUGCGCGCACGAAAGCGGAAAGAUCUCGCGGAAAUACACACUAGAGUUAAACCGUCGCGUCCCAGCAAGGGGAGUCGUCGACGUUUUUCGCGUUUUGCAUGUUUGGCGUGCGUCCGCCAGUGGUGGUGGUCUCGCCGGUAGCGAUCGUCCAAAGCGCUACCAAUGGACCAUCCUACCGGGAAUAGAAAAGGACAGAAGAGAUGAAUUAAGGCGCAACUAAGGCACAAACAAACAACACUUUUAUUAUGAACACUCGCGAACGAAACGAUGAAACAAGCCACAAGCGGCGCGAGCGCGUUGUUAGGAUGUUAGGUUUCCUGUUUUUGAGAGCAAAAUUGAUCGCUUGUUGAGCGUGAAAAGUGGGGGUUGUGUGACCAGGAGCAUGACGAAAUUGCCGCCCCCCGUCUCCGGCAGAGACAAUAUUCCAGGAAUGAGCGCAAUGCCACAGCAAAAGACCGUUAAAACGUGCCUUUAGGAGUUUCAAUUUUCUUAUACUUCAAUGCUAGUUUAGAUCAUAAGCUUACGGAACACAGGAAGAGAUAUGAAAAUGUGUAUGUGUGUGUGUUUGUGAAUGUAUUUUUUUUUCGAUCGAUUGUUGUUGAUUGUAAGACGAAGUUCCCGCGGGAGCAUAAAAUCAACUGAACUCCUCGUCUAAACACACAUACACACGCCGAUCGUCGCUCGAGGCAAACGAACACCGAGUUACACAUCUGCAGAAUAAAGACACAACACACACCCCAAACACACAUAUAUACAAUCAAACACCACAUUCACAUUCACACACAUACACACGAGUGGAACGCCGCAGGUGUGUCCAAUGUGUGGGAGAAACAAAACAAAAAAAAUCGAGAGAACCCUUUAUUGUAUUUGAGUGUUUAUAAUAUAUUAUUUUAUCGUAAAUCGAGAAAACAAA